AUGGCCUCGACUCCCGACUCAGUGAUCCCUGUCGUAGAUUUUGCCAAGUGGACCGCUGGCGGGUCAAGUCGUCUGCAAAUCGCCCAAGACAUCGUCGCUGCUUGUAAGAAAGUGGGGUUCGUGUAUAUCGUCAAUCACCCUGUGCCAGACCAGCUUGUCGACCAGGCCUUCCUAUGGUCUCGGCUAUUCUUUGAUUUACCCCAAGAGGACAAACUCAAGGCACCUCAUCCAGAGGGAUGGGCUGUUCACAGAGGCUAUUCCUGGCCGGGGCUGGAGAAAGUCUCACAGGCAAUGAGUACAACUAAUGACCAGGAACAAGCCCAGCAGUUGAGAGAGAUACCCGACAUCAAGAGCUAUGACAUUGGCAGCGACCAGAAUUCGUCGCAACCCAACCAGUGGAUUCCAAACGAAGUGCUCCCGGGUUUCCGUGACUUUAUGUCCCGGUUUUAUUGGGAAUGCUUUCACGCCGGAGGGGAGAUAUUACGCGCUCUCGCCAUCGGCCUGGGGCUGGAAAAUGAGGACUAUCUUUUGGAGAAGCACUCGGGACAUAACAACCAGCUACGUCUUCUCAACUAUCCUCCAGUCCCAGCCGAGGCAUUAGAGACCGAACGAGCAGCGCGUUGUCCCGCCCAUACAGACUGGAGCUCGAUCACCCUACUCUUCCAGGAUGACUGCGGCGGACUGGAAGUCGAGGACGUGACGAACCCUGGCAAAUUCGUUCAAGCGACGCCCAUCAAAAAUGCCAUUGUCAUGAACGUCGGCGAUUUGCUGCAGAGAUGGAGCAAUGGUUCGUGGGCUGUGUUGUUUCUCGGGUUGUUGCUGCAUGCUAAUGAGUUCAGAUCAUCUGCGAUCGACUAG